AUGGGAUGCAUCCAGUCCAAGUCCGAGCUUCACAGUCGCGCCGACGGACGCACCAGCGACGGCGGCGAUGGCGCUGGUGCUUCGUCGACGAAAGAGCGGCGCGGACAGUCCAGAGGAAAGGGUCGAGCCAAGACUGUUAGCAUGCAUGGGAAACCGAAGAAGCGGGACCCGGGAGCGGCGGCAACGGCGGCGGAGGCGGAGGGGAAGGAGGAGCAGGCAGGGACAAGUGCUGUAAGAGAUGCGGCUGCGGAAUCGAAGCAACUCGCGGCAGGUGAUGAGAGAGAAGAGAGCGAAGGUGGUUUAUUGGGAAAUUAUAAGUCAACUGAGGGAGCAGUUGACGGAGAAGUUGACGGAGCAGCUGACGGAGCAGCUGACGAAGCAGCUGCAGCUGUUGUAGGGGACGCCUUGGCACCGAAGGCGUUACAAGGAGGGGAAGCAACGAUGCAGGGGGCAGCUAUGGAUGAUGGUUUGGAAUACCAGCGAGACGGUGCUGACGUGGACGCGGAAAAUGGAGAGUUGUUAGGUGGUGCCGGAUUGGAUGGAGGUGAGUGGGCUGACCCGACCGACGGUUUGCAAGACGGUGCAGAGGAGUUCAUUUUCGAUCCGGAUGUUCUGGCGAGCUUUGAGGAGGACCUUCGAAGAGAGAGGGAGUAUCAACAGACGCUGGAGCAGCUGCUGCUGAACCUGCUCCCUGACCAAGGGACUGGGCCGGAUGGGAACGAGGAGGGUGGGGAAGGUGGAGGAGGAGAGGGAGGUAGAGUGGACGGGGUUACAGGAAUAGCAGGGUCGGGAGGGGGGACAGGGAAGAAGAAGAAGAAAAAGAAGAAGGGGGUGAAGGGGACGAAGGAAGGGGAGGAGAAGACUCCGAAGAAGACAAAGAAGAAGAAAGGGGCGAAGGUUGCUGCAGGGGCUGAUGCGGGUGGGAGUGGAGGGCAGGGGGCGGCAGCACCUGUGGGUGGUGCUGCUACUGAUGCAGGGAUGGCCCAUGUUGCUGGUUCACCCCUUGCAGCACCUGUGGACAGUGCUGCUGCUGGUGGUGCUGGCACUGCUGCUGGUGCGGGCGCUGCUGCUGGUGCUGGCACUGCCACGCGCUCUGAUGCUGUGGGAGAGGGCGCUAAGAGAGUAACCGCAGCAGAUGACGCAACAGCAGCCUCUGUCGACGAUGCCGCAGCCAUUGCCGCCAUCGUGGCAGGCACAUACGAGCCAUCAGGACGCACGGGCGGGCAUUCAGGUCGCACAGGCGAGCGUUCAGAAGGCAGAGUGGAAGGUGCAGGCACUAGAGUGCAUGCGAGUGCUGGCACGACUUUUGAGGCGCCUCAGAAGUCAGGUCGCCCAGGCGAGCCUCCAGAAGGCAGAGUGGAAGGUGCAGGCACUAGAGUGCAUGCGAGUGCUGGUAUGCAUGCUGCUAUUACAGGUGCUGCUUCAGAUCCGGGGGCAGGAAAGGAAGCUGCCAGGAAGGAGGGAGUGAGAGAACAGGAGUCAAACAGGGAAGACGAGGAAGCGGAGGAGGGGAAGGGGAAGGAGGGAGAGGAGGACGAGGAUGGAGAGGAGGAGGAGGAGGAUGAAGAGGGAGAGGGAGAGGGAGCAGGAGAGGGAGUGGGAGGGGAUGUGGGUGAUUUCCUAUUUGACCCGGAUUUACUGGAUGCUAUGGAGGCUGCUCUGGAGCAGCACAGUGCAGCGGACUGGCAGCGAAUCACCCCCCUCGCCAGCCCCAUGCAUGCUGCCGUUGCGAACAGCCGAGUUAGCCCCAUGCAGGCUGCUAUGGUGGGCGGCAGGGUUAGUCCCAUGCACGCUGCCAUGGUGGGCGGCAGAGUCAGUCCCAUGCACGCUGCUCUGGUGGGCGGCAGAGUGAGCCCCAUGCGCAGGGGCGUGGGAAUAGGACAAGCCAGCCCACGGCCUGCAGGCAUGACAGCAGGUGGGGUGGGUGUAUCAGCGAGUGCAUCAACUCCAGCACUGCCAGGCAGGGGCAGUGUACCGCUGGCAGGGGGGGCGGGCAGGGCGGCGAGUCCCAGGCAGGGCAGCUUGCGCGGUGGGGUGAGCAGCCCCACACUACGACAGUUGGAAGCAGCCGCCACUGCUGAGGCCGCCGCCGCUGCUGCUGCUGCUGCCGCCGCUGCUGGUGGUGCUACGGCCACUGCUGCUGCUGCUGGCAGUGGUGCUGGAGGGGUGCGAGGAAAAUGGGUGGCUGCUGUUGUGGCCUCCGCCAAUGCAGCUGACGCUGAGUCUGCCAAGGCUGGUGCCGGGGCAGAGGAGAACGGGGCAAACGCUGCAGCAGGAGAGGCGGCAGGGGAUGCAGGGAAGGAGGCGGGUGCAGCAGCACAAGGGGAGGAGGCAGCAGCAAAGAAGGAGGAGCCGGUGAUAGAAGCAAAGCCGGUUGUUCCCCCGGGACCCCCUCCCCCUCCUCCCCGGUCCCAGCUGUUAGAAAGUUUCGAACAGCGCUGCCCGCCGGGCGGGUCAGACGCAGUGGUGGUGUAUACCACCACGCUUCGGGCGGUGAGGAAAACUUUUGAGGACUGCGUUAAAGCGAAGAACGUGCUGCAGGCACUACGAGUGGUCUAUGAGGAGAGGGACAUUUCCAUGCGCGUCUCAUACAGGCAAGAGCUCAAAACGCUCAUGGCACCCGGGGCAGCAACCCCUGCAGCAGCAGCAGCCGCGGGCUCCGUUCCGCGCCUCUUCAUCUGCGGGCAUUACAUCGGCGACGCGGACACUGUACUCCAGAUGUAUGACGAUUACUUUUUAGCGGAGUUAAUCCAAGGGUUGCCGACUACUGAUGAUGAUGCGGGGACGAAAGGGUGUGGGACGUGCGGGGGGAGCAAGGUGGUUACGUGCCGGCAGUGUGGUGGUAACCACAAGGUGGUGACGAGUUACGGCAUGCGAAUAUGCUCGCAUUGUGAUGACACUGGGCAUGUUCCGUGCCACACUUGUGGAGGGGGGUAG